AUGGAUCCACUCUCCGCACUCCGCGACUUCACCAUCCGCGGCGACCUAGACAAAAUCAUCCGGGUCAACGACGAAUUCCGCUUCGGCAACGAAUAUACCUUCCCUUGCUCAACUAAAACUGCUUACCGUUCCAAACAAGGCAAUCUCUACACACUAGAAACCCUAGUUUACUGCAUCCAAAACACCAAAAUUAAGUUCACCGAUUACCUCCAAGACGCUCUUGCUCUCGGCAUCCCAGCAGUCACUUACAUCGACUGGAAACCCGUCAAAGAAUACCUCUCUGGCAAACUCUCCUCUACCGAUUCCAUCGUUUUCCCUCUCCCUCAAGAAUCUCAAAACCCUAAUCUUAAUUAUCGCCCCGAUGAUCCCAUGCUUUUUGAUUCUCGAGUCGAUGAUUCCGCCUUUUCUGAUAAGUUGGAGAAUGAGAAUGAGAGAGUUGAAAAUUAUGUGUCUUUGAUUUACGCCAAUGAGAGACCGUUGAAGGAUAGGGAGUCGUUAUUGGAGUGUAAGAAUAGGGAUUUUUAUGGGGUUUUGGUUGCGUCUACUCGGCGUGAAGAGGAGAGGCAGAGAUUUGAGAGUCAACAGAGGAAAGAUGGGUUAGUGGCGAAGAGUAGGUUAAUGGGAGCUGAUGAGAGAGGAAUGGGGUACGUUGGUGAUGAAUUGGGUUAUGAUUCGGCAGCCAAGCCCAAAAUGCAUUUGAAAGGAGGUAAAAUUGGAGAGGGAGUGCCCAUAAUUUUGGUGCCGAGUGCUUUCCAGACUUUGAUUACGAUUUAUAACGUGAAGGAAUUUUUGGAAGAUGGGGUCUUUAUACCCACGGAUGUGAAGGCUAAGCAGAUGAAAGGACCGAAACCUGAGUGUGUUACAGUGCAGAAGAAGUUUAGUACUGAUAGGAAUAGAGUGAUGACGGCUUAUGAGGUGAGGGAUAAGCCGUCUGCACUUAAGGCGGAUGAUUGGGAUAGGGUUGUGGCAGUUUUUGUGUUGGGGAAAGAGUGGCAAUUCAAGGAUUGGCCGUUUAAGGAUCAUGUUGAGAUAUUUAAUAAAAUUAUUGGAUUUUUCAUGCGGUUUGAAGAUGAUAGUGUGGAGUCAGCAAAGAUUGUGAAGCAGUGGAAUGUAAAGAUUAUCUCGAUUAGCAAGAACAAGAGACACCAGGAUAGGGCUGCAGCAUUGGAGGUGUGGGACAGACUAGAAGAAUUUGCUGGAGCUAUUCUCUGUUCUCUUUUUCUGGGUUUUGGUGAUAUUGAUCUUAUAGCCUAUCCUAUCUUAAGCUCAAUGAGAGAAGCAUUGAUGACUGUAGAUAAUGCAGUUGGAGAUACUUUUGCUGGGGCCUAUAACUGGGCUUGA